CCUAGAUAGACUAAUUAAGGACGCUAGUAAAAGGCUGAACAAUACAUUAAGAAGCAAUUGCUUCACAUCAGCUGAUCAAUCGCAUUGAUACUACUUUUUUUCGAGAAAAGUGAUUGUCCUUAGUGGGGUGGUGUUUUUGGUUGGGGCUUUACUCAGUUCGUGCAGGUUCGUGUGACUCUCAAAUUUUCAAAAUUUGCAAAGUAAACCACAGAAUACAUGUACGAAUUGCGGACCCCAAACUUGGACCUACUAAAUGCUGGUCAGCGCACAACCUUAUUUGCAUAAUGGCGGCAGCUUUCUUCUUCAAAGCGAAUUGCAGAAAUUUCUCUCGUAUUAACCGGUUGAUUUCAAGACAAUUGUACUGGUAUAACACAGAAGUCAAGUACAACAGUACAAUUUUAUCGAGGGCCAAUUUGUUGGGACAAUUUCAGAAAAUGGCAGGCUUUUCGUCCAAAAGUAGUUCAUCGCUCGAUUUGAGUGGAAUCUUUCCUCCGAUUGUUACACCUUUUGAAGACAAUGAGGAAAUAAGCUAUGGAAAGCUAACGGAGAACUUCAGUAAAUGGAACGAUAUUCCAUUCAGAGGAUAUGUCGUUCAAGGCUCCAACGGUGAAUAUGCAUAUAUGAGACCCGAAGAGAAGAUUGAUUUAGUACGGAAGGUGAGAGAACUUACACCAAGAGACAAACUUAUUCUGGCAGGGUCAGGUUGUGAAGCUACAAGGGACACCAUAGAAAUGACAAAUAAAAUGGCUGAGGCAGGUGCUGACGCAGCACUUGUUGUGACUCCUUGUUUUUACAAGAAUGGGAUGACAUCUGAAGCUUUGGAGAAGCACUUUACCAAGGUUGCUGACAGUUCUCCAAUUCCUGUUAUCCUGUACAGUGUACCAGCAAAUACUGGAAUCGAUUUGCCUGCAGACUGCAUAAUCAAAUUAUCUUCACACCCUAACAUCAUUGCACUUAAGGAUAGCGGAGGGGAUAUCACCAAGAUCGGUUACGUUAUCCACAAGACCACUGGAAGCAAUUUCCAAGUUUUAGCUGGAUCAGCAAGUUUCCUGUUCGCUUCUUACUGUCUUGGUGCCGUUGGUGGUGUGUGCGCUUUGGCGAAUGUUCUGGGAAGGGAAGUUUGUAAACUCCACGAAUUGCACAAACAUGGCAAAAUGGAAGAAGCUAAGCUUCUGCAGCACAAGUUAAUUCUUCCAAACACAGCGGUGACUAAGACAUUGGGUGUUCCAGGACUGAAGAAAUCCAUGGAGUUUUUCGGCUACUAUGGCGGACCGACAAGAUCUCCACUUCUACCACUGAAAGGUCCUCAGAUAGCCGAAUUAAGAGACAUUUUCAAACUGUUUGGAGGAUACCAGGAUUAAAUUACCAGCUGUAAAUGCGCUACCAUUAUCAAACUAGUCUAUUUUUCUAGAGAGAAGUAUCGGCAUAUUACUGACAACGAGUGUGAAAUCUUUUAUUAAUAUAUAUAUGAACAAAACUGUGCAAUAAAAUAUAUGGGUCUUUAGUACCAGAAAAAUCACAUACCAGCACGUACUUAGUUACUCAGCGACCCACAUUUUUUUGCCGAAAUGCGCAUGGUCUGUGAUUUCCGCUGAAAGAUUCACCACUUUAGAAACGAGAAGGAACCUGGGACGAGUACCGUCUCGCAGUCGCUUGUGGGAUCGUCACUGGGGACAAUAUAGCUUCUCGUCUUUUGUUUCGUCUCGAGAAACGGUUCCACAAGCCAGUGCGAGAAGCGACUUACCUUAAUUCUCUCCCUCUUUCUAAAGUGGCGAAUAGGCCGUUUUAUGCGGUGUAUUUAGUACUAAAAGAAACGUACCGUUCUGGUGGUAGUUUUGUUUUUGUGUGUGGAGACAAAAAAAAUCAGUGAUGUGUUCAAGUUGAUUCAUUAGAGCAGUUUUCAACUGAGUGUCGUAAAACCAAAACCAAACCAAUUACUUGCCUAAUAGACUUCUCAGCCAAUUUCAAACCGUAGUAAAACUAAAACCAAAGUAAUUGCCUGAUUAAUUACUUUCGACACUCAAUUUAAAACCACUCUACUUUCAAUAAAUCAACAACAAUGAAACACCUUAAAUUUGGUGUGGUGUGUGAUUGGCAGUGAAACUUUUGUGGUUAUAAUUUUUGAGAGUUUUAGACCCACUAAAUCGGGAGGUGAGGAAUGUAAUGCCUUUAAUAAUUUUACAUUCAUUAUCUGCCUCAGAAACCUAUAACUCGCUCAAAGGGUUAAUGUGAGCAGCUGGUUCUCUCACCUACAUACUUGUAGUAAAAUUGAUUGAUGUAAAGUAAAUCACAAUGUAACUGAAUAAUGAGAGCAAAAUGCUGAAGUUAUUUGCGUUUUUUUGAAUGAAAUAAAAAUUUCAAAGAGUACUUGA